AUGGCGGAAUUCGUUCGAGCUCAGAUCUUCGGUACCACCUUCGAGAUCACAUCGAGGUACUCCGAUCUCCAACCAGUCGGCAUGGGUGCCUUUGGUCUAGUCUGCUCUGCGCGGGACCAGCUCACGAAUCAAAAUGUGGCCAUCAAGAAGAUUAUGAAGCCCUUCAGCACGCCUGUGCUCGCGAAGCGAACGUAUCGUGAACUCAAACUUCUGAAGCAUCUCAAGCACGAAAACGUUAUCUCUUUGAGCGACAUCUUUAUCUCCCCUCUUGAAGACAUUUACUUCGUCACCGAGCUGCUCGGUACCGAUCUUCACCGGCUCCUCACCUCCCGGCCUCUUGAGAAACAGUUCAUCCAAUACUUCUUGUACCAGAUCAUGAGGGGCUUGAAAUACGUCCAUUCAGCUGGAGUUGUUCACCGCGAUCUCAAACCAAGCAACAUCCUCGUAAACGAGAACUGCGAUCUCAAGAUUUGCGACUUUGGUCUGGCCAGACUGCAGGAUCCUCAGAUGACGGGUUACGUGUCUACGAGGUAUUACCGUGCUCCGGAGAUUAUGCUCACCUGGCAAAAGUACAAUGUUGAGGUCGAUAUCUGGAGCGCUGGGUGCAUCUUUGCCGAGAUGAUUGAGGGCAAGCCUCUCUUCCCCGGCAAGGAUCACGUUAACCAAUUCUCCAUUAUCACCGAGCUCUUGGGCACUCCUCCGGAUGAUGUUAUUAACACCAUUGCGAGUGAGAAUACCUUGCGGUUCGUUAAGUCACUACCAAAGAGGGAGCGGCAGCCUUUGGAGGCGAAGUUCAGGAACGCCGAACCUGCUGCCGUCGACCUCCUAGAACGGAUGCUCGUGUUCGACCCGACGAAGAGGAUAACAGCGGCCGAUGCGCUCGCCCACGAAUAUCUCGCGCCGUACCAUGACCCCACUGACGAACCCGUAGCCGAAGAGAAGUUUGAUUGGAGCUUUAAUGAUGCCGAUCUGCCCGUCGACACAUGGAAAAUUAUGAUGUAUUCGGAGAUCCUUGACUACCACAACGUCGAGCCGGCGGCGCCUCCCAUGGGAGAAACGUUCGCCCAGCAAUGA